GGGUUUACUCUUUUGAACUGAUAACUGCCCUUCUACAAGAUUCUUUUACAGUACAGUUUGUUUCUAAAGUAGAAAAUUAGAACAGAAAAUAAGUUCUUAGUGUUGCAAAUAUUUUCAUGCAAGUUAAAUCUUAAAGAAAAGUGGCAUGUUGUCAACCGGUGUCUUUUUAGUUUUGCUCGGAAUUGUUUUCAAUUACUUUCUAUUUUACAGGGACUGGAUUCAUUGGAAUCAGGGAAGACUCUUGAAAGUGCGACCUGGACCAUGUAAAACAGUUGCAGAAGAUGGUGGUUCUGAAGAUCUUGUUUAUAUUGGCGAUGGAAUAUUCCUCAUAUCAACGGGGUUUCAAUUUGGGAAGCUGACUGGUGAUGUUGUUGCACUCGAUAUAAAUGCUAAACCUACACUAAUCACCCUUAACAAAACCAAUGUGCCAGAUUCAGAGCAACAUAUUCUAGCCUCGCCGCAUGGAAUGACAUCCUACAAAGAUCCAAACACUGGAAGAACUUUUCUGUAUGUGCUGACGCAUCCACCAUCUCAGGACAAAAUUCGUGUGUUUGAAGUGUUGUGGCCAUUACAAUUAAAAUACAUAAAGACCAUAACCGACCCAAGUUUUACUUACAUGAACGAUCUAGUGGCAGUUGAUGUUGACAAGUUCUACAUCACUAAGUACACUAUGUACCGUGACACAAAUAGUAUUCUAUUUGAACAUCUUUCCCAUCUAAGACAAGGCAAGAUCUUUUAUUAUGAUGGUAGGAAGGCAAGAGAAGUUUCCGCAGGAUAUUUCUUGCCGAAUGGAAUCAACAUAUCACCAGACAAAAGUAUGAUCUAUAUGGCGGAAUGGGGAGGCCAGAGGCUUUACGGAUUCAGACGUGACUCGACCAACAACCUUGUAAAAGCAUGGGAUAUAGAUAUGGGUACCGGUGUUGACAAUAUUGAGGUAGACGAGAAAGGAGAUCUUUGGAUAGGGUGCCAUCCAACUACGUGGAUGAUUGUGGAUUUCUUAAACAUAUUUGGCGUAACGCCUCCGUCUCAGGUGAUACGUGUGAAGAUAAGAGACUCUCUUGUUGACGAUGUCGAAGAAAUCUACAUGGAUGACGGUACAGAAUGCAGUGGUUCAACUGUAGCUAGUUACCAGAAAGAUAAACUUAUCAUUGGAACAGUCUACAAGCAGACCGUUGUCUGCAAUGUGAAAUAUCUUACAAAAUGAUGAUUAUAAUAAUAUAUUUUAUAGCAGGUGUGCCUAUAUAUAACCAACAUUAUUUAAAAAAAAACUAAAUUAUGUCUCCAUGUUUUAGUAGUGUUUUGAUGCAUAUUUGAGAAA